AUGGAGACAAAGAGUCUGGAAGAGUUCCCAAAGGGUUUGGUUUCAUCCAGAUUGAAUGACAAAGCCCUGUGUACAUCUAAUGUAUGCACUGUGGAGUCAAAAGAAUUUGCACAUGGUUUAGGAAAGAAGGUUGAUAGGUGUAUCGGCUCGUUGAUGUGGAAUGACAAAUGCACAGUAGGGGACAGGUUGCGGAAGCUUGGCGAGGAGCUAAGUGGCGGACCAACGCGGGGGGAUAUAGCAUUGCAGCGGACUCCCUUCAGUGAAGUCCUGCCUGCCAGCUGUCCCGGACGGUCAGAGUUCCCCCGCAGCCCCUCCGCGCAUCUCAAGAGGCUCCCCGCGCUGCUUGGAGUGCUGAGGAAUAGGAAGCAAGCGACGGUGAGUUGCGUGAAUCGAAGCACUUCGUUGAGCAUUGUGACUUUGAGGAAACAAUCAUCGAGGGACCAGAGAGUUGCCCUUGAGUUCUUCAUUGAGAGAAGUACGUCGUUCAUCGUGGAGGCAAAGAGUUUGUCACCAUCGAAGGGAAGAUCUUCAAUGGUACUCUGGGCCUCUCGAGGAAAGGAGGAGGAGGAGAGCCAUGAACCUUGGCACAUGACAACUGCUGUAGCAGUAGAUUUUGCUGCAGUAUUGGCUGCAUCGAGGGAUGCUUGAAGAGUGGUAUGUGAGAUGAUUUGUCCCUCGGAAACUAGAGCCGUAAAUUGUUGUUUCUUUUCUUCCAGAAUUUCAUCAAUAA